CAUUCCCAUGCUCCAGGGGACAGCGGCAACCAUGAGCGACUCCACAGAAGCCAGGAUGCAGCCUCUUAGUUCCAUGGAGGAUGAUGAGUUGAUGGUCAGCAGCAGCAGGUAUUCUAUUAAAAGCUCCAGACUACGACCAAAUUCUGGAAUCAAGAGUUUGGCAGGAUACUUGGGACACAGCCAAGUCCCCUUGGUCCUGCAGCUGCUCUCCUUCCUGUUCUUGGCUGGACUCCUGCUGAUCAUUCUUUUCCAAGUCUCCAAAACCCCAAAUACCCAGGGGCAGAAGGAACGAGAGAAGAUCCUCCAGGAACUGACCCAGAUGACAGAUGAGCUUAUGUCCAGGAUCCCCAUCUCCCCAGGGCAGAAUGAGUCCAUGCAGGAGAAGGUCACUGAGCAACUGAUGCAGCUGAAGACCGAACUCUUGUCCAGGAUUCCCAUCUUCCAGGGGCAGAAUGAGUCUAUGCAAGAGAUCUCUGAGCAACUGACGCAGCUGAAGGCUGAACUUCUUUCCAAGAUCCCCAGCUUCCCGGUAGAGGAUGAUUCUAAGCAGGAGAAGAUCUACCAAGAGCUGGUACAGAUGAAGACUGAACUCUUACGCCUGUGUCGACUCUGCCCCUGGGACUGGACGUUCCUCCUAGGAAACUGUUACUUCUUCUCCAAGUCCCAGCGGAACUGGAAUGACGCCGUCUCAGCUUGCAAAGAAGUGAAGGCUCAACUAGUCAUCAUCAAUAGUGACGAAGAGCAGAUCUUCCUGCAGCAGACUUCAAAGGCUAAAGGAGCAACCUGGAUGGGUCUGUCAGACCUGAACAAGGAGGCCACAUGGCUCUGGGUAGAUGGUUCUACUCUGUCAUCCAGAUUCCAGAAAUAUUGGAAUAAAGGGGAGCCCAACAACAUCGGCGAGGAAGACUGUGUCGAAUUUGCUGGAGAUGGCUGGAAUGACUCUAGAUGUGAACUCAAAAAGUUCUGGAUCUGCAAGAAGGCUGCAACCCCAUGUACUGAAGGCUAACUCAUCUCAGCUUCUACCUUCAUGCCACUCUGCCAGGUGGAUGGAUGUGCCUCACUUCCGUGCCAGCUCCUUCUCCCUGCCUGUUGUCCUCAGAAAGUUGAA